AUGCGUGUGAUUCUUAUUUUCAUAUUAUUCUCGGCAUUGGUGUCUUUAACACACAAAAAAUUUACUUCCACACCUCGAGAGCUCGCAAUAGAAUACUGGAACCAAAGUUCAACGAGCAAAGUACCGAUUCCACUAUUUCUUAUAGAAAAGAUACUUCCUCCGGUUACCAAGUUAGAGAAGCAUCUAUUCUUCCAAGAUGCCAACACCUUGUGCUUUUCUCAGGAGGAGAGGGAAUUCAGACUCGCAAAGCCUCAAGUAAGCUAUCAAUUGCGUUAUAAUAAAAAUCAUCCUCCUUCUCAUCAAGAGGAGAGGGAAGCCAUACUCGCAGAGCCUCAAGUAGGCUAUCAAUUGCAUUAUAAUAAUAAGAAUCAUCCUCCUUCUCAGCAGGAGGAGAAGGAAGCCAUACUCGCAAAGCCUCAAGCAGGCUAUCAAUUGCAAUAUAAUAAUAAUAAUCAUCCUCCUUCUCAGCAGGAAGAGAAGGAAGCCAUACUCGCAAAACCUCCAUUAACCUACCAUACUUAUAAGAAACAAAACAAAGGCUUCAAGUGGGUGAAAUCUGUUGAAGAAGGACUUUUUUUCCGUCAGAGUAUGAUGACUGUGGGGAGUAUCAUCAGAAUGCAAAAUAUUAAGGAUUAUAUACCAAGACAGUCUUUCUUUACUCGGUCCCUAUUGAAGAAACUACCAUCUGCGUCUUCUGAAAUGUCACAACUUCUAAAUGUGUUUAACAACCUUUCUAAAACCAUGAUGGAGUCAGUCAAAGCGUGUCACAAUCCUGCUAAUACAGGGGAGGAGAGAAACUGUGAAGUUUCUUUAAAAGGAAUGCUAGACUUUGCCAAGUUCAUCUUGAGCCGGAACAUUACAGCUCAUACCACAGAGAGUGUAAACGGUUCAUCUCAAAACAUAAUUGUGGCUGGCGUGAAUGUCAUUGGUGAAAAAUCCGUUACUUGUCACCGUAGCUGGUUUCCGUUCCUUAUGUACUACUGCCACAAUGUACCAAGAGUUUGCAUCUAUCAAGUUGAUAUUUGGGAAGUAAAAUCCAAGCAGAAGAUCAAUAAUGGUGUUGCAGUGUGCCAUUUGGACACCAGUUCAUGGAGUCCAACCCAUGUUGAUUUUAAGGUUCUCGGAUAUGGACCGGGCCUUAUCGAAGCCUGUCAUUGGGUGUUCGAGAACGAUAUGGUAUGGAUUGCUGCCUAG